UUCUGCGUCAGUCUCGUAGCAGUAAGCGUGGAAGCAUGUACCACGGAAUUAUUGUAUAAUUACAUCAUAGCGUCAUCAAGUUAUGGCGAUCACCAAGUGUUUGUUGGCAGCGGCCCUGCUAAUUGUCGCAAGCCAGAGCAUUCCGGUUCAGGAUAACGAGAUGUCGGUCGAAGAAAGAGAAAAAGAGGAGGAUUUUUAUCGGCUGCCGCAGCAGGUCGUGCCCGUUCAUUACGAUGUACAAUUGAUACCGCACAUCGUGGAGGAUAAUUUCACUUUCAACGGCGAAGCUAGCAUCGACGUGAAGGUGCUCGAGUCGACCGACGUCGUCGUGUUGCACACCAAGCUGCUCACGAUAGACGAAUUGCAGACGAGGCUGGCUCGUAAAAUCGAGGACGGCGUGAACGAUGUCGCGACGAAUUACGUACCGAGGCGGCAUGAUUACAAUAACAGAACGCAAAUGUUAACCCUGCGAUUCGACGAGCCCUUGGAUAUCGGCGCGUACACCCUGGACAUGAAAUUCUUGGGUAUAAUAACAGAGAUUCGCGGAUUCUACAGGAAUUCUUACUUCGAUAACGAGGGCAAUAAAGUGUGGUUGGCUCUGACGCAUUUGCAACCGGUCUCCGCGCGACAGGCGUUUCCGUGCUGGGACGAGCCCGCUAUGAAAGCAACCUUCAAAUUCUCCAUAAAGCAUUACCCCAACUACACGGCGUUGUCGAACAUGCCGUCCACGCGGUCGGAAGUCGACGAGACGGACGGGAAAGUGUGGACGCGCUUCGAGACGACACCCGUGAUGCCCACGAACGUGCUGGGCUUCGUGAUCGCCGAUUACGAUCACGUCUCGAAUCUGGACGGCACCAUGAGGAUAUGGGCGCCGAAGCACCUGCUCGAUUUCGCCGCGCGUCACCUCGACAUCGCCGAGAAGGCGACGCGCGAACUCGAGAAAUUCACCAACAGCACCGUACCCGUGCCGAAGAUGGACCACGUGGUGGCACCUCAGCACUCAAGCAGGGCCACCGAGAACUGGGGUAUGAUCGUUUAUAGGCUAGACGUGCUGCUUUACGACGAGAACACACCACCGGAGGUAAAUCUGAACCUCUUCAUGCGGCCAAUCGACUCGAAGCUGUACAACACUAUGACGAUCACUCACGAGCUGGCGCAUCAGUGGUUCGGGAAUCUAGUCAGCCCGGCUUGGUGGAAAUACCUCUGGUUGAGCGAAGGAAUAUCAACUUACCUCAAAUUCUACAUCACUGACAAGAUUUUCAAAGAUUGGCGACUGAUGGAUUACUUCGUGGUGGACACUAUGCAACGAAUGAUCAAUAUAGAUGCCUUUAGAUGGGCCGAGCCGAUUCAUAUAAAUAUCACGUCGAACAUUUACAAUGCAUACUCCGACAACACGUACAAAAAAUCCGCUUUUUUACUGCGAAUGAUAUCACACUUUCUGAGGGAGGACGUGUUCCGAAACGGUUUGAUAAAGUAUCUUCGUGCGAACGCGUACGGCAACGCCACUCCGGACGAUCUGUGGAAGGCGUUGCAGGACGCUCUCGAUGAAUCCGACGUGCCCCAUGACGAUUUCAACGUGAAGGAAGUGAUGGACACUUGGUUCGAACAGGCGAACUAUCCCGAUGUGACGGUCGUUCGUAAUUACGAGAAUGGCGACGUCACAGUGACGCAAAAACUAACUCGGCACGAAAAUCAGAACGUUGAGAAGAGUUACGCGAAAUGGUGGGUUCCUUUGAACUUUGCGACGCAAAGCAACUUGGACUUCUCGUCGACGCUGGCCACCCACUGGCUAAGACCGCAGGACGAGUCUGUAACGAUCAAGGGAGUGAACGUCGAAGACUGGAUUAUCGUGAAUAAGCAAUUAACGGGUUAUUACCGUGUAAAUUACGACACGACCAAUUGGAAGCGGAUCGCGGCGUUUCUCAAUUCCGACGAUUACGCCGAGAUACCUGUUCUGAAUCGCGCUCAAAUCAUCGACGACGCUUUCGCCAUGACGGAGACCGGCCAGCUCGACCUCAUUACUUUCCUCGAAAUUAUGAAUUAUUUAUCGCGCGAGAGCGACACGGCCGUGUGGCAGGCGGCGUUCAAAAUCAUUCAACAGUUGGAUAUCUAUUUGCAAGUACCCGAAGCAGCAGCGAUCUUCAAGCCAUUCGCCUUCAACCUGACGCAUAAGAUACUUGAGGACGUCGGUUUCGACGACCGCCCUGACGACGAUCCUCUCACUGUAAAGACCAGGUCCCAUCUUGGCGACUUCGCUUGCAUGCAUGGGCAUGCAGAAUGUCAAGCCAAAGCUACCGCCAAAUUACUCGCGUACAUAGAAGACCCAGUCGCAAACAAAAUCUCACAAGAUCAACAAUGGGCCUUUUGCUUCGGCUUGAUGAAAGCGGACAAUGAGAUCUGGGAUAAGUUUUUGCAAGUACAAAAUAUGACACUGGAUUUUCACCUCACUUUUCUCGGUUGCUCGGAAAAUAUGGACAUCGUAAUAAAGCAUUUAAAAUAUAUCAGGACUUUGGAAGAUAGAUCGUUUCCAGACACGUUUCAUGUUCUCCUCAAUAUAUUCAAAAAUCCAUCUAAUAUUGAUCGAAUGAUUAAUUUCGUUGAAAAUAACCCCGACGAAGUCACUUCGGGCAUAGAAGGGAUGAUUUUGUUCACAAUGAUUAACCGAAGCUUCACAGAAGAACAAAUUGAAAAGGUAAAAAAAUUUUCCAAGAUUGUAGUCGAAACCGAAUUAUCUGAGAAGAAACAAAAGCUAACGAGAAUUAGGAAUAAUUUAGCGAAAGUUCGUAGCGCCCUCGAGAAAAAUCAAUUUUCCGUCGCGAUGCAUAUUACGCUAGUAGACAAUAAUGCGUCAUGAUUCAUAUGUUGUAAAUAUUUAAUAUAUAAGCGAGUGUGUACAUGCGUACAAAUAAUAUAAGAUUA